ACCUUCAAAUUUUCGUUAGAGUUGAGCGUUCAAUAAACGCCAAGCUUUUAUUAAAAAAAAAUCAUCCCAUAUUCCCAUCAAAACUCAAAACUUAUCGCAAUUGCAAUUGUGAAGAAAAAAAAAAAGAAGAAAAAACAGCCAGGAAUAGGAUACAUAAAUCGCACCAAAUUUGAAUAUUAAGGUCAAAACUCAAAGCUUUCGUCAAUGAUAUGCUCUAAGUUUGUAAGUGCAGUUUGUGUUUUAAUCCAAGCUAACCAAAGUUUGCCAAGUAGAGCGUGGAUAGGAGGGAUGAGCCAGGAUAUCACAUACACUGAGGGACCAUGGGUUUGUAAUAAAUGCAGGAAAGUGGGACACAACGAUAGAAAUUGUGUGAAAAAAGCAAGCAACAGUGGUGGUAAGGAGGAAGGUCAACGUAAGCUUGAGGUUGUUAAUGGAAGCCAAAAUACCAGAAGGCUUGGAGUUGAUGAGAGGGGAUGGACCCAGAUACAAACAAAAAGAAGAGGGAGAAAGUCAUCUACCUCAGUGGGCCCGGGGUCCAGAUGGACACCAAAAAAGAAAGGUGAAGAGGAUAAGCAAAAAGUGGCUGUUAGACAAGAGCAGAGAAUAGAAGGAAACCAAAAUUCCAAAGUGGAAGGUGGGGCCCAUAAAUCUCCUAUCCAAUCUAAAAAGAAAAUCCCACUUUCUGAUGAAAACCAAUUUGUAGUACUUCAAACACUGCAAUGCGCUGACUCUAUAUCUAUUUCUCCACAUCCUAGCCCGAAACGUGGAGAUGUCAAGUCUCAGGACUGUACACUUUUGCAACCCCCUUCUUUCCAUAAUCCCAUAAUACGAGACAUCCUUGUUUCCCAAAAUCAAACACUUCCAUGCCCAUCUCACCUCACCACAACCCAGAAAAACAACAAGGAAAAUUCUCCCAUCCUCAUAUCCCCUCCCUCUUCAAACAACCCAAAUCACCAUGGAUCAGCAGGAGGAGAUGGACCUAUACGCAUUUACCUGCCCAACCCCUCCAGCAUCACCACCCUCACCUCCACCCCCACCACGGGUUCAAGUGGUAUCCUCCCUCAACCCCAUUGUCUUCUCUCGACCAAUCCGACCACUCACCCCCGAACUGAACCCGGGGUUUGUGGAUUAUUACCUUCCGGACUCCCUGGAGGUCCCGACGGAAUUUUACACAGAGUUAACCCUAAAGGAAGUGAAGGAGUUGAUAAUCAACCCAUAUCUCAAGCCGGAGGCAGCAAAGCAUCUCAUGAUGUUAGCCAACUCAGAAUUCAAACCAGCCCAUAUGCCACAGCUUCUCGAUGCAACUCACCUACCUCCAUUGAUGAGAAUAUUUCUCACGUGGUUUUGCAACAAAGAGGUAGAAGUAGAACAAGAAGAGAGAAACCUCAUGAUGACUCUAGGACCAUGGAUCGAUCCAGCCCCUCUGUUCCCUUUGAUCCGAACGGUAGUCUUGAUGAAACUUCGGCCGGUAACACUUCAGGCGAUGAGCAAUACCGACGCGAUACUAUGUACACGUCUCCACCUCCCCAUGAAACAAUUGGGGAUCACAGCCUCUUGGGGAGAGGUAAAAGGCAAAAGAAACCCGCGAGAGGCCGAAGUAGUGUUUUGGCCACACCGAAAAAUGUGGACAUGUCCGGCAACCGGGACAGAAAUAGAUCCGUGGGUGGUAGGAAACGAGGAGAUUCUCAGGAUGCUUCUCGACAAACAACAACAUUGUACAAAGGGAUGAACAUGCUCUUUUGGAAUGUUAGGGGGAUAGCUAGGCCUUCUUUUAAGCCAAAUUUCAGACUCUUGGUUCAGCAACAUCACCCAUCACUAGUGAUCCUUGUUGAGACAUGGGUGGGGAGGGAAAAAACCGCUGAGAUUAUUCGGGACUGUGGCUUUGAUUCGUGGUAUCUGGUGGACCCGGUGGGUUUUGUGGGCGGCAUCUUACUGCUUUGGAAAUCACACGUGAUGGAUUUUCAAGUGGUGGGUCAUGGCGCUCAGGGAGUAUACGGUGUAACUGAGGCAGUGGCGCACGAGAUUCCCAGAGAUUCAGAUUAAACACUGUCGGCGCGAGGGAAACAGAACGGCGGAUGCUUUGGCAAGAAACUGUAGGACUUCGGAUAUGGCUUGUGUUGUAACUAGGGUUCUCCCAUCCCCC